CUACGGAACACUGUGCCCGUCCAAGCGUGACCUAUGACGUGCCGUCUGCAGUAACAGAGUCGGGCUGACUUUAACAGAUCGCGCCAGGAGCAAGACCGGUAUGGAUGGUCCACAAACAUCCCAGGUGUUCCAACACCUGUCUGCCUACCUGUCACCUGCCGGCACCUGGUUUCACCUGGUGGGGUUCACCUGUCUCGCUGUUCUUGUUGUUCACCUGUUGGCGAGACUGGUCCAGUUCGUUUCCUGGCAAGUAAAGAUGAGGGACACCCUGAAGCAGUUCACAGCGCCGCCCAAACAUUGGCUGUUUGGCCAUUUGAAGGCCUUGCCCAAUAAUGAGGAAGGUUUCCAGACCAGGUUGGAAUGGAUGAAGACAUACAGUGCCUACUUCUGGCCUUUCUGGGUGGGUCCAUUUCUAGUGGCCAACCAGUGCACCCACCCAGAGACUAUCAGGACUAUACUAGGCACAGCAGAGCCAAAAGGCAUGACAUAUAGGUUCUUUGAACCAUGGCUUGGGGAUGGCCUGCUCACCAGCAAAGGCAGUAAGUGGCACAGGAACCGCCGACUGCUGACUCCCGCCUUCCACUUCGAGAUCCUCAAGCCCUACGUCACACUGUUCUCACAGUCCACAAACGUGCUGAUUGACAAGUGGAGCAGAGUUGCUGCGGGCUCCUCCGUGGAACUGUUUGAUCACGUGAGCCUGCUGACGUUGGACAGCAUGCUGAAGUGCAGCCUUGGUUACCGUAGUGACUGUCAAACUGACGGACAGUCAGCUCCUUACAUCAGAGCUGUGUUUGAACUGUCCCGCCUCAUCGUAGAGCGUGUGCGAUUCUUUCCGUACCACUUUGACUUCAUCUACUAUCUGACUUCCAGUGGACGGAGGUUCCGCCAACAGUGCGACAUCGUGCAUGGAGUCUCUGAACACCUCAUCCGGCAGCGGAAGAAGGCUCUUCAAGAUGGAGACACUAAGGAGGAAAAAAGCAAGAAAUAUCUGGAUUUUCUUGACAUCCUUCUGCAAGCCAAGGAUGAGGAUGGCACAGGCCUGACGGACGCGGAGAUCCGAGACGAGGUGGACACGUUCCUGUUCGAGGGUCACGACACCACGGCCAGCGGGAUCUCCUGGGCCCUGUACCACCUGGCCAAACACCCGGAGUACCAGGACAGGUGCAGGAGGGAGGCGGAAGGGCUGCUGCAGGGACGCACGGAGAUGACGUGGGAGGACAUGAGUAAACUCCCCUUCAUCACCAUGUGCAUCAAGGAAAGCCUGAGGAUCAGACCCCCAGUCCCAAGUGUUUCUCGACGUCUCACCAAGACGCUGACUUUCCCAGACGGGAAAUACAUGCCUGAAGGAUCACUUGUAAGUGCAAGGAUCAUGUCCACACAUCACAACCACCUGAUCUGGCCAGACCCCGAGGUCUAUGAUCCCCUGCGCUUCUCUCCAGAAAGAUCCAAAGACAGACACCACCACGCUUUUGUCCCCUUCUCUGCAGGACCGAGAAACUGCAUUGGCCAGAAUUUCGCCAUGAACGAGAUGAAAGUGGCGGUGGCGUUGAUCCUCCAGCGUUUCCGCCUGGAGCUGGACGAGACCAAACCUUCGCCGUUCUUCCUGCAGCAGCUCAUUCUGCGGGCAAAGGAUGGGAUCUGGGUCAAACUUACACCCAAUAACUUAAAAGAUCUGGAUCAAACUAACACCCAAUAACUGAAUGGACUGGGUCAAACUAACACCCAAUAACUGAAGGGAUCUGGGUCAAACUUACACCCAAUAACUGACGGGAUCUGGAGCAAACUUACACCCAAUAACUGACGGGAUCUGGAGCAAACUUACACCCAAUAACUGACGGGACUGGGUCAAACUUACACCUAAUAAUUGACGGGAUCUAGAUCAAACCUACACAUGAUAACUGACGGGAUCUGGGUCAAACUUACACCUAAUGACUGACGGGAUCUAGAUCAAACUUACACCUAAUGACUGACGGGAUCUAGAUCAAACUUACACCUAAUGACUGACGGGAUCUAGAUCAAACUUACACCUAAUGACUGACGGGAUCUAGAUCAAACUUACACCCAAUAACUGACGGGAUCAGGAUCAAACACACCCAAUAACUGACGGGAUCAGGAUCAAACACACCCAAUAAAUGAAGCUUGAGAAAUUCUUGCAUAAGCCUUAGAGACAUAAAAACGAACAAAAAAAGGUGAAUCUUUUGCUUUAUUUGGCAUGUUGAUUUUACUUUGAUGGACGGCGUCUUAAACGUUGAUCUAUUCUAGAUACAUUUC